AUGGAAGGGAAUAUUGAUGACAUUGAAGAAGAUGAAGACAUGAAAGAGGAUGAAGAUGAUGAAGAUGCUGAUGACAUGGAGCAAGAGGAAGACAUCAAAGCAUCUGUUGCCAAACCCAAAGGAAGAAGAAAGCCUCGAUCAGUGUUAACAGGACGAGGUGUUACUCUUGGUAUGUUGAUGGAUGAUGGAGUCAUUGAGCCUGGUGAAAAAUGCCUUUCUAUCGAUUACCUGGUAUGUAUCUUAUACAUUGUAACCUAAUUAGAUGUAUUAUUGUUUAAAAUAUUAUUUAUACAGCAUAGUUCCAGGGUUCUUCAGCAGCUACAUGAUGUAUGGUAACCGUUGUAAAUCCCUGUCUAGUUGUGACAAAAGUCCUGUUUACCCACAGAAAUUUUUUUUUUCUCUGUAAAGAGGGUGCAGUACUCAAUCUGUCAUAAUUUUAUGCAAGACUAAUUAUUUCGAGAAAGCAUUGUGAUAUCAAAUGUUGCAAAUUUUGGUAAAUAAAGGUGCGCCUCUCAUGGUUAAAAUUUUUUCCCUGGUGGCCCAAAACAUUUUCCUGUGGGAUUCUGCCAGACUCCUAAAAUAAAGGGGAGUAAUGAUCCUUUCUACCAAACAGUGGUGCUACAAAUUCAGAGACAACUUACCUGCGAUGUCUUUAAUACUUCCUCAAGGUAACCAUUGCCAUUUUGCAAGUAUUUUGUGAGAGAGCAGAACUACACAACACAACCAUACAGAAUUAUAAGCCAUGCAACAAACGUACAUAUAGUAUUGUAACUCAAUAGUAGAGAAAAAAUUAUUAUGAACAAGCAGACAGCUGGAAAAAAAUGUUGGGGGUAGGGUGAUUGUGGGGCUCGGGGUAGGGGUAAAGACUAAGAUCUGUUAACACUACUGAAGCACUUAGUUCACAGGCGUGUUAGGACAAUGGGAUCAAUUUAGGUUUCUGGGAAACUGCUCACCUACUCCUCCCCUAACUCAACAUUAACAUUUGCAUCUCACUUGGGGCAAAAUGUUGGGUUAGGGGAGUAGGUGGGCAGUUUCCCAGAUACCUAAAUUGAUCCAGACAGUGCUUUGUACCUCAGCACUUGCCAGUCUAAGCACAUUGGUAAUUAAUAAUAAUAUUACUAUUGUUAUUACAUAUGUACCAAUUUAUUUUGUUACAGGGUCAAAAGUUUGUAGCUGAUCUUCAACCUGAUGGUAGAAUAAAAUGGCCAGAAGCUAGUCAGGUGUUUAAUUCACCAUCUGCAUGGGCAAUAUACUGCAAAAAGCUUGUCAAUCCUUCCAAGAAAUCAGGCUGUGGAUGGGCUUCUGUGAGUGAAUCAUUACCGCUCAAUUGUCAUUAUCUUUUUGACAUGCAGUAACUUAACCAAGCGCAAUUUUUUUAUUAUACUUUAUUGUAUGUUGUACUCGUUAGCUGUUUUUUCAUUGGCCUACAGCUAAUUUUGGAAAUCAGCGCAACCUACGGAUAAGUUAGUUACAGUAUGUGCUUGCAGAUAACUGACUAAUCUGUAGGAUGCGCACGCAAUGCAUGAUUUUGAAUAGAAAUAUCAAUGCAGGUUCCUUGCGACAGUGUGUAUGUUGUUAUUUUCUUCAAAACAAUGUAUAACAAAACAUAUUAUUAGAUUCGGUUUUUGUAAUAUCUUAAAUAAUCAAGGCUUCAGUAAGUAUUAUCAGCCUCGGCCUUCAGCUUGGCCGAUAACACUUACCUCAACCUUGAUUAUUCCGGAUAUCAUAAAAAACCUCAUCCAAUAAUAAUUUUGUUUAAUGUAACAUUUAAAAAGUUCAUAUAAGGGUCAGGUCUUCAUUUUUUAUGUUUGCUGCAAUACCAUUAUUACAGCAUGAAGCACAAUAUCAAAAUUGUUUUUAUAUUCCUGGGUUCCCUGUACCACACUCAGUGGUGAUUUUUUUCAUCAUUGUCAUUAGUGUACCUUUUUGGCACCAUCUUGAUUUUGAUUGUGUAAUGACGACACAUAAUUAUUUUGUGAGAUGAUCACCAAACAUCUAAUAUAGUUCACAAGAUUUUGCAUGAGAAAUGUUUGUCAGCUAACUUGUAUGGAUUUUACUCAUGUAAAAUGGACUGUUUGUCGAGAAUUGAGUUGAUGAUUGAGCCUUGCAAAACAGAAAACAAUAGAUUCAUCCAUGUACCAGUUACAGCUGUACAACUCUAAUAGUAUUAUUUUUGCAACCCCGGCUUUGCAAGCAAGAAAAAUUAUUAUGAACAGUUACAACAAUUCGCAGUAUGCUGCUCAGUACAUAUAGCUUUAUAUUUGAUAGACUAGUACAAUGUAUUAAAUUGUCAUUAAUUUUUUCCAUUUUUACAAUGUAUUUGAAGGUCAAGUACAAGGGUAAAAAAUUGGACCAGUUCAAAACUACUUGGUUCAGGAAACAACAUUCAUCUGUGUCUGUAAGUAUAGUCAAGGAUGUUGCUUAUGACAAUAUUUCACUGUCGUUAAAAACAGUUUAUGUCAAUUUUCAUUGUUUUUACUAUGACACUACUAAAUAAAAUAAUAAUCAUGAAUAAUGUUUUUUAGUAAAAUCCAGCUAGUGGUCUAUUAUCAAUGCUGCAUUCUGAUUGGUUGAGCUACUACUAGGCUAUAUGUUAUAGCCCCCGAGUAGCAAAAAGCACCAGCUUUGAAAACCAAAACAAUGGCGGAUGAAUUGCGUUUUGCUAGCUAAUUAUAAAGUUGUUUGUCUCGAUAUUUUGAGCAACUAGUUGGAUUUUACUAAAACAAUAUUAAUCCUCUCGCCCUCAUGGCCUCUGAGUCAAUCGCCCAUUCGGCCUAUUGAGAAGGCAAUUUGAAGCAAAUUCUUUGUGGUGACUGACUACCGAAGCGGACAAGAUGGAGCCAUGUUACCUGCUUGGGAUUUCCUGCACUCGUCCCACAGGCAAAGUGCUCUUUUUGUGGCCAUAAUAAUUAUGGCCACAAAAAGAGCACUUGUGUUCACUGAAAAUGGCUGAAUUUCAGUCCAUAAAAUGGCUGGCGCAUGAUAAUUAUACCAAGUGAAUCAGAGCUGUUGAGUUACAUCACAAAGAACAUGACAAUGAUCCCUAUCUCUUACACAAAGACACAGUAAUUUCUGUGCAUAUAUUGACAAGCAGUAGAUUGCGGGAUUUGGAUCUGCACAGGCAGUUACUGGGGGCUCGGGGGCGAAUGGGUUAAUAUGUUAAUAUUUUUUGACUUGUUAUAAAAAAUUUCAGCCAUCACCCAGCAAAGACAGUUCAUCAUUGACUUCACAGAAAGAAACACCCCUCCGAGGCUCUCAGUUGGCUUCAUCAAGCAAGACCCCAGCAAGCAAAUCAUUGAGUAGUCAUGGAGACAUGCAAAGUGUGCCAUCAUCAUCAUCAUCCACAUCAUUAUCCACAGGGUCGGCUAAUGUCCAUUCUCCAACACAUGCACAUGUACCAUCAACCACCCAUCAUUCUGUACCAGUACAAAAGAAUUCAGGACCAAGCUCAUCUGCUACAAGUAGCAUCUCUUUCCCUGCAGAGGUGAAGAAACCAGCUAAAGGUUCAUCCGGCCGCGGGUAAAGCUCAGAUUGUUGAUAUUCCUCUGUUAUGUACUGUAUGUAAAUGUUUUGUUUGGCCAAUUAAUUAAAUCCUGCACGUACAGUGUUCCAGAUAAGAGAGGCAUCUGGGGUCAAUGAUCCAACAAAGACGACUUCCUGACGCGACAGAUGAAAUAUAAAACGAUGUUAGAUAAAUAUAAUGAAUAAAUUUAGCAUGUGGUCUGGGUGAAACCUCAGGUGGUCUACAUGACCCCCACUUGAAAGAAUUAACUUGAAUGCUGCAAGUUGCUAUUCUUUCCUUUCCUACACAUUUUUGCACUCCUCCACUUAACGUAUUUACAAGCAUUAAUUUAUAAUAAUUUAAUUUAUUACUUCUAGUAGCCUGAGUAUUGGAGUUUCUGGAAUCUCCUCACCCUAAGUCCCUUAGGAAGGCUUGAUUAGGCAGCUCAUAGUAUGUGCAAUCCAUCAUCUAUGAUUGUUGGAAUAUUUCACGGGCACAAGUCGGUAUAAUUUUGGAGGUAAACUGGCUUUGUUUAUGCGAUUUGGCACAUUUUUUAUGACAAAAGCAAAACAAGAUAAGAUGAAAUGUUUGUUUUAACUUUACUCUUUAAAUUUAAAUUUAAAUCAUAGAGAAAACUGUUCGCCAAAGUGGCUACUAAACCAGAAUUCAUAGUUGCAAAGGAGAAAAAUAAUGUCAGUCGCAUUGGCAACUGUAUUUGUCGCAGCCCUGCUAAAAUAACUGAACUUUGUGUGGUAAUGUUACAUUGUUCCUCUUUUUUAACAGGCGAAAACCAAACAUUGGCUACAUUCACCCACCACCAACACAAAAGUCAACAACACGGUUCUCACCUACAGCCUUGACUCCGACCAUGUCAUCAAAGUCUUCGGUAUCACUGAAAAGUCCUGUGGGUAAGAUCAGAAUGUCAGAUUCUUGCUUAUAGUGUCCAAAGAUAAAAAUUGGCAAAAACAUUUCAAUUUCUUUUUGUAAAAUCCUUUUAAAAAAUAAAUUUACAAUAUAUACACUGUAUUAGAGUGAGGAAUUUUUUCUUGCAUGCUGAUUGGUUGAGAGUUAUGACCAAUAAAAGCACAGACCGUAGAAAUGACUUGAUGGUGGCACAACUUUGUUUUUCUCUUUCUUGCACACGCAAUUUUCUGAGAAACUUCAACUGAAAUGGACAUUAAAAAACUGUCAAUAUUUUUGUAAAUAAUAAAUCUAUAACAAUUUUCCUGAUGUAAAAGUUGUGAUUAUUUUGCCAUGUACAUGCAUGUAAGCAGUUUUAUUUUCAUUUUUUAACUGAUUGCGGCCCAUUGUCUUACAUGUGUACGAGUACAAGUUUUUUGUUAUGGCAUGCAGGUAAUUGAGUGCACGAGAAUCAGGUUAAUGUUACGGUCAAUUAAUUUUAUAGAAAAAAUUGAUCACUGAUGAACAUAAUAUUAUUUUAAUGGCUGGUUUAUUCUAGAUUUGCCCAGUCCAUUAUCAUCACCCCCUGCUUCGGUAGGUAGAAAACGCCUGGCUGUUAGAACACGGCAAUCAGUCAAGUACACAGCAUUGACUCCAGAUAGGUGAGAGGGAAUUUUCAUUGCAAGUGAAUGAGAGUUAUUUUCUGUUAUUUACUCUUUACUCAGUAACCAAAUGAAUCUUUGGGGUUUUGUGUCAGUAUAUUGGUAUCUCCAUUCAAAGCUAUUAACAAAAUAAUCUCACUCUCAAUUUAAGGGUGUUACAGGGAGUAACUUACAGAAAGAGAAUUUUAAUUGAUAACUAUUUUGUCCUCUUAAGCGUUUAAGAUGCGGGUCACAGGUCGCUUAGUACAGCUUAGAGUACCAUAAUAUGUAAAUAAUUUUAUCUGAACACUAUGGUAAACAAACAACUCGCAAUUGGAAAUUGAGUUAUAGCUUAAAGGGAAACUGCUUAUCUUGACCUGCACUUGUGACCCAUGACUUGUGACCUGUGUUUUGUUCCUGCCAGUCGACAAGUGUUUUAAAUUCUAGCAUGAUAAAAAAGGCUCUUUAAUUACAGUAUUUUUAAGUGAUCAUUGUUAUACUGCCAGUGAGUUUAUGAGUUUGUAUUAUUUUAUGUUCCAUAGUGAUCCACAUACCCUGGUUGAACUUAUGAACUUUAGUGCUCUUGGAAAAAUGCAGCCUUUUUCUGUAGAUAUUUCAACAAACUGUCUUUUGCUUAUGGUGAGUGUCAGCACUUUCAGCAGACUACCAAAGACAGGCAUUGAGUUUGUGUAAUUAACACAUUUGCUAAAUUUCAGUCAUGCAUACUUGUAUGAUCUAUAAUAUUGUUUUAAAAUGUAUCAGCCAGUCUUAAAUUUAAGAGAGAUAACUAAAGUUUACAUUUCUAGAGAACACUGUCUUAUAUUACAGAUGACAAAAGAUACAGCACUGAAUAUCAGUUGUGUUUUCUUAAGUUUCAGUUUGGGGCAAUUUUGAAAGGAUCAUGAUUGAAGCUUAGAGAUACUCUUACUCUUAUCUUGUGAUUACAGAAGUAAAAUAAAAUUAACAGCAGUUACCUCUACAAUCAAAUCCACAGGAUUACCAUUGUCAUCUAACAUCAAGUGAAGUAGUAGGAUACCUUGCUGGAAAGUUUGACCCACAAACACACCGUAAGUGUGCCGCUUAAGAUAACAGUUUGAUCUAGCACAGUGUACUUAAUAUCAAAAAAUGUUAACAGCAAUAACGUUAAGAAGAAGAGAGCCAGUUGACUACUCAAAUUUUUUUUAUUGCCAUUCACCUUUUGUUCAUAAGAAGGAGGUAAAGUACAAGAAUCCCAUGUACAUGUAAAUAUGAGUAUGGAGGAUUGCUAAAAAGUUUUGCAAAGAGUAACUCCAUAGAAAUAAACUGAAGUACCCCUUAAAAAAAGUCUGGGAGAAAAAUAGUAUGCAAAUUUUAUACGGGAAUAAGCUGAAUACCACUAAAUGGCUACACUAGACAUGUAUAUAUAUAUUUUUUUUUUUUUUUCUUCAAAAAAUAAGAACCUGUUUAAGAACCCAUAAUUUAUAGCCUAGAUUUGUGCUUAUUACCAUUUAUCUAAGAAUAUGUUUAGGCUAACUUGGAAAAAUCCAGGUUCUUAGUCGUGGGUUUUUACUGUAUACCAAUAUAACUUUAUUUCUUUAUUUCAUGCAGACAUGAAGAUUGUGCAGGCUUUUCCAUGCCGCUGUCGAUUUGCUGACAAAGAAAAUGCACCCAAGGUGGAAGAAGAGGUAAAUUUUUUACAUGUAGAAAUGUUCUGUUGGAAUAAAACCUACCAGCUGUCAUGUGUAUUUUAUGCCAGCCUUUACUUUCAGUGUAGUCUUAAAGAAGAAGAGCAGUGGGAAUUGUAAAAAAAAAAACUACAUUAUACCACAGAUUGAUGUUUUCAUGAUUUUCUGUACAUUGCCGCUAUACAGUGUACCUUAACAAUGGUACAAAUAGUAAAUAAACAAAAAUACAUGUAAUAAUAUUGAUUUAUAAGUCUAAUUUCUGUGGUAAAGACUUCCUUCCACUAGGUGAGAUGAAAAUUUAAUGUUUAAAAUCCUUGCCCAGUUCAGGCAAGCAAGGUUUACUAGCCCGGGGAAGUCAAGCCGGCUUUAGCUUACCAUCAUCCUUUUUGUAUUGGCUAACAUUUUACUUAUCUACAGUAGGCAAAUGUUGCUUCCCCAUAAGACAGCUUCCAGUUAAAACUUNUUCAAAAAAUAAGAACCUGUUUAAGAACCCAUAAUUUAUAGCCUAGAUUUGUGCUUAUUACCAUUUAUCUAAGAAUAUGUUUAGGCUAACUUGGAAAAAUCCAGGUUCUUAGUCGUGGGUUUUUACUGUAUACCAAUAUAACUUUAUUUCUUUAUUUCAUGCAGACAUGAAGAUUGUGCAGGCUUUUCCAUGCCGCUGUCGAUUUGCUGACAAAGAAAAUGCACCCAAGGUGGAAGAAGAGGUAAAUUUUUUACAUGUAGAAAUGUUCUGUUGGAAUAAAACCUACCAGCUGUCAUGUGUAUUUUAUGCCAGCCUUUACUUUCAGUGUAGUCUUAAAGAAGAAGAGCAGUGGGAAUUGUAAAAAAAAAAACUACAUUAUACCACAGAUUGAUGUUUUCAUGAUUUUCUGUACAUUGCCGCUAUACAGUGUACCUUAACAAUGGUACAAAUAGUAAAUAAACAAAAAUACAUGUAAUAAUAUUGAUUUAUAAGUCUAAUUUCUGUGGUAAAGACUUCCUUCCACUAGGUGAGAUGAAAAUUUAAUGUUUAAAAUCCUUGCCCAGUUCAGGCAAGCAAGGUUUACUAGCCCGGGGAAGUCAAGCCGGCUUUAGCUUACCAUCAUCCUUUUUGUAUUGGCUAACAUUUUACUUAUCUACAGUAGGCAAAUGUUGCUUCCCCAUAAGACAGCUUCCAGUUAAAACUUGAUAACCCACUGACAGUUUGUUCCACUUCCCUUAGGCUAGCACUUUUCUUGUGGACUUAUUUUAGCCGUGUGAAAUCUCAAUUUAUCUGUAAAACCUUCCUGCUGCUUGUACAGUGUAAACCUAACACAGUUUUCUCUUUCUGUGGCCAGGUGAGGAAUGCCAUUGCACAGCGAGGUCUUGUUCUUGUUGGAUGGUAUCACAGUCACCCAUCCUAUCAACCAGAUCCAUCACUACAAGAUAUCCAGAAUCAGCUCAAGUAUCAGAAAAUAUUGCAACAUGAAACAUCUUCCUAUGGCCCUUGCCUUGGCAUGAUAGUUUGUAAGUACAAAUGUACAUGUAUUACAAGAGAUAUGUUAUCGCAAAAUCUUUGUGAAGCUGUAAAGGAUCAGCAGUGAGAAUAAAGGGAAACAAGUCAAAGGGGAAAACAAAAAAGCAAAAACUAAACAAAAAAAUGUGCAAAGAUUAAAUAUGGCUUUGUCAAGAUUUGAUUAUGUCUUGUUGUUGUGUCACUUAGUCAGUUUUUUGUUUACUUUGUUUUUUAAUAAAUUUUUAACAGCUCCAUAUGAUAAUUACCGACCAACAAAAGAGUCAACUGUACGAGCUUUCUGGGUUCAAGCUUCGCCAGAGGGUCAAACUCAUAAACUAGGAGUUCCCAUGAUCAUGAAUAUCAGUACACAUCAAGAUCAGUUCCUUACUCAAGAUCUGCUGAAUGAAUUGGUAUGUAUAGAGAAUUGAGCUCAAGACCUAUCCAGUAUAUAUAGUGUGAAUAUGCUUAAGGGCCUGUUUACAUGGAGGUGGGGGACCCCAGGUUGGUGAGGUAACCCGUUCGGGUGGAGUAAAAAAAACCUGUCUUUUACAUGUAACCUUACAACCCCACCAUCUUGGGGUGCUUUUUCUCAAGAUUACUGAAUGGUCUCUAAGCACGUAAACACAACAUGGCAGGCAAAGAUGUUUUGGGGGUUAAUGCUCCUCUUCUCUCACUUGCUGAUCUUUGGCUUGCUGUAACCUUGUAAUGCUGCAUGGCUUUCACUUUUAAUGAUGCAAAGCUUCUGCCAAAGGCAUUUGAGGCGACUUUGAUGUAACAUGAAUCAAACCCCAGCUAGGUAAGGUACCCCCACCUUGAAACAUUUACCUGGCAAAAUUUGACCCAGGCUGAGAGGGUACCCGGUCUGGCAGACCAGCCAUCCCACCUGGGAGGGUCACCCCACCUACAUGUAAACAUGGUCAAAUUAAAAUGAGAGAUUACAUGGACAGGCAGGUUACCCCACCUCUAGUGGGUUACCUCACACUGCUGUCUCUAAGAUUUCAAGUUGCCAGGUAAAUACAACAAGUAUAGUACAUGUAAUAUUUUGUCUUUUGUUUUCAGAGAUGGAUGUGGAGUUUCUACAAGGGUAGUCCAGACACUAUCAACUUUCAUAACUUGUGGCAUGGAAACCAAACUUACUUGGACAAAGUAAAGGUAAGAAUGGUAGCAAUGAAGAAAANAUAUAUAGUGUGAAUAUGCUUAAGGGCCUGUUUACAUGGAGGUGGGGGACCCCAGGUUGGUGAGGUAACCCGUUCGGGUGGAGUAAAAAAAACCUGUCUUUUACAUGUAACCUUACAACCCCACCAUCUUGGGGUGCUUUUUCUCAAGAUUACUGAAUGGUCUCUAAGCACGUAAACACAACAUGGCAGGCAAAGAUGUUUUGGGGGUUAAUGCUCCUCUUCUCUCACUUGCUGAUCUUUGGCUUGCUGUAACCUUGUAAUGCUGCAUGGCUUUCACUUUUAAUGAUGCAAAGCUUCUGCCAAAGGCAUUUGAGGCGACUUUGAUGUAACAUGAAUCAAACCCCAGCUAGGUAAGGUACCCCCACCUUGAAACAUUUACCUGGCAAAAUUUGACCCAGGCUGAGAGGGUACCCGGUCUGGCAGACCAGCCAUCCCACCUGGGAGGGUCACCCCACCUACAUGUAAACAUGGUCAAAUUAAAAUGAGAGAUUACAUGGACAGGCAGGUUACCCCACCUCUAGUGGGUUACCUCACACUGCUGUCUCUAAGAUUUCAAGUUGCCAGGUAAAUACAACAAGUAUAGUACAUGUAAUAUUUUGUCUUUUGUUUUCAGAGAUGGAUGUGGAGUUUCUACAAGGGUAGUCCAGACACUAUCAACUUUCAUAACUUGUGGCAUGGAAACCAAACUUACUUGGACAAAGUAAAGGUAAGAAUGGUAGCAAUGAAGAAAAAAAUUAUUUCUACCUAAACCUACACAGUACAUGUAAUAAUAAACCAGCAAUAAUGCAAGGCUUAUCCAUUCUAGAGAAAAUACCUUCAAUAUUAAUUUUUAGUUUUUUAUUUCACGACUUGGGAAAAAAGGAAUCACUAGUAAUUUUAAGAUUGUGAAUAAAGGCUUAAAACCUUCCUUCUUAUGUUUGAUAUUUUUUAUGUUACAGGCCAAAAUUAAAUUCAGGUUAAAAUUUUUUAACCUAGGUUGAUUCUCAAUUUCCUUUGUCUCCUACAUGUAGCCCUAACUAUUCAUGACUUAAUGCUAGGACACAAAGGAAAUUGAGAAUAAACCUUACCUAGGUUUAACAUGUAACAUAUCCUUGAACUGAACUGGGAUCCAUUAAGCUUGAAAACUACUCAGAUUUUUUCUAGUCCUUCCUUGAAUUUUGCUGAUUAAAGUCUAAAGCAAAGUUCAAAAGCAUACUGGAUCUGUUAACAUCUCCCUCUUUGGAAGUCGGGUCUACUAAGACAUUCAAGAGUAAACAGGAGGAAGAGUUUAAAAUGAUGCAUUUAACCCAACAUUUUAUGAUCUUUAUAAUGAUACACUUUCUAAAACAAAAUUUUGGCUUUUCUUUCAGUCAUCUUUGAUAAAGAAAUUCCCUACAGACCAGACAGAUGGAAGAUUUCUAGAAUUCAUCAACACACUUCUUACAUAG